AUUAACACAUGCAUGGCUGCUUGUUAAUUGGCAGUGAAUCUCGUUUCCGCAGUCGGUGGAUUAGUUCAGAUAGCAUCGAGAUGACUAGCCAGUGCAGCUAUCCCGUCGAGUCAGAGGAAUUUGAGGGCCAAGAGAAGAAAGCUGUGGCGAAGAGAGGUGGAGUUGUUUCAGCCAUCUUCUGUCGGAUUUCACAGUUUUGGCCAGUCAGAUUUACUAUGCGAGCUCUCCGUGGCUUGUGGUGGCUGUUUGGGUUCUCCACCCCGGUGAAGUCCGUCUCUCCCGCUCGGGAGGAAACAAGUGGUUCCCCAAAAGAAAGGCAGUGCAGAACAGUCCGGAAGCGUCUUCACAGGGUCACGCGGCUGUUGUUGGCCGUCCUGCCCCGGCGCAUCCAGAGCGCUCUGGGUUAUCCAGUCUGCACCAGCAUUGGCUGUUCGGUGUCCCCUGAGGUGCGUUGUUCCCCUACAAAGCCUUGUGGCAAAGGCAGCAAGAGAAAACAGGAUGACCUGGAUGAGGAAGAGGAGGUAGAGCAGCACUCCUGGGUGGAGGCGCUCAAUCAGGAGCUGGCCGAGGAAGACCACGCAGCUGAUCCGGACUAUGAGCCCAGCGCGGUUGAGUCGGACAGCGAGGAAUACCGGUCACACAAUAACACUGAGAGUGACUUGGAAAUAGAGAAAGGUGUCGUGGUGAUCAAAGAUUUGGAGAUGGUAGUUCCUCCUGAGAACUAAAGAUGGCAGUGUGUACCAAUGCUAGUAUGCAAAUCAAGAAUAUUGCGACAGUUGUAGAAUGUUUGUUUGUUUUUGGGCUUUUUUUUUUCUCUGGCAGGCUCAGUUGAUGGCUUCCCAAAUUGCUGCUUGCCUUCAUUUAAUUUUGUAUCUGUUGUGUGUGUAUUUUUUUAGUGUUAAACUGCCAAAUAAAAGGAUUUGUAGUACA